GUUAAAAGGUUCAUUACAUCACUCUCGGAGCCCCGAACACGUGAGACGUUGGCCAACAUGAGAUGGUCAAAGGUUCAUUACAUCACUCUCGGAGCCCCGAAUACGUGAGACGUUGGCCAACAUGAGAUGUCACUGCCCGGGCGGGAUCUGCGGGACACAACACAUCAACGUCGUCCGAAGUUGCCGACGUCAGUCAUCAGGGGUGACGGUGGCGGCACAGCCUUACCACUAUCGUGUACUAGGUAGCGUUCGCAGAACGCACACUGGCCUCAGCCUCUUUUGCCAGGCCAACCCGACACUUGGUGACCGAAUGAGAGAGGGCUCCGCUGACAGAGAGAAACGGAUCACAAGCGGGAAUAACGGCGCGCAUUUCCCACCCAGACGCAAGGACAGAUGCCAGAUCGUGAUGUAUCUGGAGUGGCCGGUGGCCCCCUUCUCGUCUAGGCGCCCGCCAUUGGGGUUCUGGCCUGGGUUGUUUGCUGAUAACAAGGCCCCUGAGACGAAUGAGCCGUCAACCCAGAGCGGCCGGUCCGGCGUGUCUUGCCGGGCUUCUGGUCAAGUGAACCUGGACUUUGCCUAUGAUUUGCCGAGAGAUGUCCAAAGAAACGCAAAUCUCCAAAAAAGGUCUUUGCUUUACUGUGUUUCUUACCGGAAACCUAUUUUUCUCAGAGUCAUGGAUCGUGAUGAAGAAGCCAGGCUUCCUUGAAACACAGAUGGCGCCACCUUCUUGUUCUCAGGAGACGACGGAAGCAAAUGUACUCGGGGCAGACGUCGGCAAGCGAGGCCUCGGGCGGUGAUAAAAGCUCGAAGCACGCAUCUCUCGCUGAAACCCCCCCAAGGUGGAUUGAUUUGUCAGAAACUCCCACAGCGGGCAGCCAUGGAUGACACUUUGGAUUCUCGUAUGCGGAUGGAUUCUCGUAUGCGGAUGGAUUCUCGCAUGC